AUGAGGACUACUCCAGGAGGAGUAGGGGUUGGUUGGCAAGUUUCAAGGAACUUUUACCCAGUAAAACGGGUAGAAGUUUUUCGAAAUGGGAACCUCAUAGAGAGAGGUACCGGAGGGGGGAUUGAUUCAACUCCUUUCGUGAAAAGAUCUUAUCCUGUACCGUUCUCUUAUAAGGAAGAAGUGCGAAAACAGAUAGAUGAAAUGGUUGAUUGGGGAAUUAUGGAAAAAUGUACUGACUACGUGUCACCGCUAGUAACAGUGAUAAAGGAAGAUAAAUCCGUGCGUAUAUGUCUGGACGCGAGAUAUUUGAAUGCAAAAAUGGCUAAUGAUCAUGUGACUCCACCUCUUCCAGAUGAGUUAUUGGCACAUUUCAAAAAGACUGUGACGUACAUUUCUCGUCCAGACGACAAUCGGUUGAAUAAACAGAAAUUAUCAGCAGACACCGCCACGCAGUUUGUAUUAGGCUUGCUGAACCCGAUCAGGAAGAGAGUACUAUCAGCGAAGCUUCUAACCUUAGAAGAUGCAGUCAGGGUAGCGAAAAACGAAGGAACAAUGAAGAAUCUGAACAAGAUACAAGAGAAAGAAUGCAGAGCAAUGGAAGUAAGGAAUAAUAGACAACAAUCAUCAACUCCUGGGACCUCAAAAUGUUACAGAUGUCAAAAGCCUGGACAUUUUGCUGAUGACUGCAAAGAAAGAACAAAUUAUGUCCUAGAGGAUCAUACCACCGAGGUCGACCUCUAUAAAAGGGUCAGAGAACCUCACGAACUCAUCAGUGUAUUAGUAACUACCAUGGAGCAUACAAUAAAAAUGGAACAUCUACUAAAUCUGGUGAGACUGAUGCCAAUGGACGGAGGCAAAGUGAUUUUGAUCGGAAGAAUAAUCAAAAAUAUCGUUGAUGAGCAGGAUUAA